AUGAAGAACAGCACAGAAGUGACCAAGUUCAUUCUCCUAGGACUGACCGAUGGCCCACAGCUGCAGAUCCCACUGUUUAUAACGUUCACCCUCAUCUACCUCAUCACUGUGGUUGGGAACCUGGGCAUGAUGGUGCUGAUCCUCUUGGACUCUCGUCUCCACACGCCCAUGUACUUCUUCCUUAGUCACCUGUCUCUAGUAGACUUUGGUUACUCUACAACUAUCACUCCUAUGGUCAUAGCUGGUUUCCUUAUAGAAGAAAAGGUCAUUUCCUACAAUGCCUGUGCCACACAGAUGUUCUUUUUUGCAAAAUUUGCCACUGUUGAAAAUUUCCUGUUGGCCACAAUGGCCUAUGACCGCUAUGCAGCUGUGUGCAAACCCCUGCAUUACACCACCACCAUGAACACAGGUGUGUGUGCACGUCUGGCCAUAGCCUCUUACCUCUGUGGUAUCAUGAAUGCCUCUAUCCAUGUUGCGGACACAUUCAGCCUCACUUACUGCAGCUCCAAUGUGGUCCAUAACUUUUUCUGUGAUAUUCCAGCAGUCAUGUCUCUCUCUUGCUCUGAUAGGCAUGUCAGAGAACUGGUUCUUUUUUAUGUCGUUAGUAUCCAAAUCUUUCUAGCUCUGCUGGUUAUUUGGGUAUCCUAUGUAUUCAUAUUUGCCACCAUUCUAAAGAUGCGCUCCUCUGCAAGCUAUCAGAAGGCUGUGUCCACCUGCGCCUCCCACUUUGUCGCCGUCUCCAUCCUCUAUGGAACUGUCAUCUUCAUGUACCUACAGCCUACUUCCAGCCAUUCCAUGGACACCGACAAAAUGGUGUCUGUGUUCUAUACCAUCAUCAUCCCCAGGCUGAACCCCAUGGUCUACAGCCUGAGGAAUAAAGAGGUCAAGAGUGCCUUCAUGAAGCUUUUCGUAGCCAUAAAAUUAACUUUAAGAUCAGGAUUUUAA